GCGCUGUUACAAGCGCAGGACGUGGUGGCCCACGAGGUGUAUGGGGAGGAGGCCCUGAGGAUAUCUCCUCCUCCUAUCCCACUCUACCUUAACGGAGGGCCGGAACCGGACCCACCCGGAACAGAAGAUUCAGACAUGGAAAACGUCACAAGGGUCAGGCUAGUCCAAUUUCAGAAGAACACCGACGAGCCUAUGGGUAUCACUUUAAAAGUGGAUGAAGAGGGUCGUUGUAUUGUGGCUAGAAUAAUGCAUGGAGGCAUGAUACAUCGACAAGCCACUCUUCACGUCGGUGAUGAAAUUCGAGAAAUCAAUGGUGUUAGUGUAGCAAAUCAGUCUGUUGAAAGUCUGCAACGCAUGCUGCGUGAUGCUCGCGGAAGCGUGACGUUCAAAAUAGUUCCAAGUUAUCGAAGUGCUCCCCCUCCUUGUGAGUAUUUUAGGAUAAAUCCUCCUCCUAUAUUAAUCUAUGUUCGAGCUCAAUUUGAUUAUGAUCCCAACGAAGAUGACCUAAUCCCUUGUGCACAAGCUGGUAUUGCAUUCCAAACGGGUGAUAUUCUGCAAAUCAUCAGCAAAGAUGACCACAAUUGGUGGCAGGCGAGAAAGGAAGGAUCGGACGGCACGGCCGGACUCAUACCUUCUCCAGAGCUUCAGGAGUGGAGAACAGCCUGCUUGGCCAUCGAAAGCUCAAAGAACGAACAAGUGAAUUGCUCAAUAUUUUCCCGCAAGAAGAAACAUUUUAAAGACAAAUACUUAGCCAAGCACAAUGCCGUUUUCGAUCAGCUCGACGUUGUCACCUACGAAGAGGUGGUCAAGCUUUCCAAUUUCACUAGAAAAACUUUAGUUUUAUUAGGGGCUCAUGGUGUUGGUAGGAGACACAUAAAAAAUACUCUCAUCAGCCAUCAUCCUGAUAAGUACGCUUAUCCAAUUCCACAUACAACAAGGCCGAUGAGGAAAGGUGAAGAGAACGGAAAAAACUAUUUCUUUGUAUCCCACGAAGAAAUGAUGGCUGAUAUAGCUGCUAAUGAAUACCUUGAAUACGGCACACAUGAAGAAGCUAUGUAUGGCACUAAAUUAGAAACCAUAAGACAGUUACACGCUGAAGGAAAAAUGGCUAUACUAGAUGUUGAACCUCAAGCAUUGAAGAUUUUAAGAUCAUCCGAAUACACUCCUUACACCGUAUUCAUUGCAGCUCCUUCCUUAGGAAACAUGCAAGAUAUUGAUGGAAGUUUGGAGAGGCUAUUUAAAGAAAGUGAACUGUUACGGCAGGCUUAUGGUCAUUUCUUCGAUUUGACCAUUGUAAAUAAUGAUAUCGAAGAAACCAUACGGACCCUAGAGAAAACGCUUGAAAAAGUGAACCAUAUGACACAAUGGGUUCCUGUGACGUGGGUUUACUAGCACUAUACAUUUCUCACACUAGUUCACGCUGCCAAAACUCUGAAGGCUAUAUUUCCUGCCAAUAUCUCUUGAGUGUGGCUGCCACACUUGUUAUUUGCUGAACUGUUUUAAAAUUUCAAGAGUAUAUAAUAGAGCUCUAUGCUAAUGGAUAAUCAUUCUAAAUAAUUUGGUCGAGCUUAUAAUGAUGAAAAUGUCAUUUUGUGCAUCUGAAGAUACGGAAAACUUUCUCACUCAAAUAUAAAUUCAAGCUAAAUGCAGUAAUACAAGUUAUACGAUACCUAUUGUCGAUUUCCUUAACCUCUUUUAUGAAAUUAGUGAUCAUUUGAUGUAUGACUUAAUUCACUUUUCCCAUGACCAUUGUAAAACUACAUUAAUAUAGCAAUAAUCCCGGUAUGAUAUGUCUCAUUGAAAAUUCAGAGAGUAAAUCAAAGUCUGUCACUUAAUUGAUGAAAUUUGUAAAGGAUUACAUAUCUGCUUUUAUAAUCCUUUCUACUUUCAAAUAGUGAAACUGGGAGAUUAGAUUAUGGUAAUAUUUGUUGUGGCAAAACUAUUCCUUUUAGAUCAUUUAUUGGAUUAGAUUGUACAAAAAGAAAGUGGCAGUUUCAUAAACUCGUAAAUAUAUCUUUCGUUUAAAAAGUUUAUUGAGUAAAAUAUGUACAGGAUUCUCCGCUUUUAAAAUUUAGAGUUCGUAAAUCACUAUUAAAAAGAAUGAGAAAAAGGAAAACGUUAUCAAAAUGGAACGAACCGUUAUCAAAUAAUACAGGAUAUAAGAAAAGGAAACUACGCUUCACAAUGAAAACUAAAGGAAAGCAUAAGGGGAAUUUGGAAAUGCCUUUUAGUUUCUUAAAGCAAUCAAAGUGAUUUUGUUUUCCAUACACCGUCUUUCAUAAAAAUUGUCCAAAAAAAAAAUUAUUUUGUCAAAAGAAAAAGAAUUUCCCUCUAUCACUUUACCUUUUAUCUUGUGACCCUAAGUGUAUAUUUUUUGUCUUGAAUUUUUACAAAGAUUCUUAAAAACAUACAUUUAGAGCGAUAAUUACAGAAUAACUUGUAUGAACGCAAAAAAUUAAAUUUUUUUAUAUGACGGUUUAAACUUUUCUAUUUUUGCAAGGCUAUAAAACAUCUUAUGUCAAUAUCAGUGAUUGUAAAGUACGGUUUUCGCUACUCUACUACCUUUGGCUUCAACUUCAAGGCAAUAUUUAUUUGCUUGCUAGUAAAAAUACUGGUGAACAAUUACAGCAUACGGUUGGUACUUCUAAAUUAUACUAUCGUUCAAAUUUGACAUAAUUGGGUAUAAUAUGAAAAAAACACAACUACUUCGAUUUAGUAGGAACA